GCUUAAAGCAGCAGCUGCAUACUGCAUUUUCACUGAAGUGUUCAAAGAGCCUGACUCUUACAAACUUUGUAGUUCUGGUGGCAGAGGUGGGAUACCAUGAUUUGGAAAAAUGGUACACGUGUCCAUACCAGAUUUCUUAUGUGGUUUCUCCUCCUGAAUAUGUUCAUCAAGAAGGCACUGCCUGAAGAGAACAUCAUUACAACUAAGAAAGGCAGAGUAAGGGGGAUGAACUUGCAGGUACUAGGGGGAACUGUGACAGCCUUCCUUGGAAUUCCUUACGGACAACCACCUAUUGGCAGACUGAGAUUUCAAAAACCAGAACCUCGUGAGAAGUGGUCAGAUGUCUGGGAUGCCACGAAACAGGCAAACUCUUGUUACCAAUCUCUAGAUACAGCUUUCCCUGGAUUUCCUGGAUCGGAGAUGUGGAAUCCAAAAACCAACCUAAGUGAAGACUGCUUAUACCUUAAUGUAUGGACUCCCUCACCCAGAACUAAGAAUGCAACUGUGAUGGUGUGGAUAUACGGAGGUGGCUUUGAAACUGGGUCAUCUUCCCUGCCUGUCUAUGAUGGCAAGUUUCUGGCUAGGGUUGAAAGAGUCAUUGUUGUUUCCAUGAACUACAGGGUUGGCGCAUUAGGAUUUUUGGCUUUGCCAGGAAACCAGGUUGCUCCUGGAAAUGCAGGUUUAUUUGAUCAAAGAUUAGCACUUCAGUGGGUCCAGGAGAACAUAGCAGCUUUUGGAGGCAAUCCAAGAAGUGUGACUAUCUUUGGAGAGAGUGCUGGCUCGGCUUCUGUCAGCUACCAUGUCCUUUCUCCUGAAAGCCAUCCUUUUUUCACAAGAGCCAUCAUGCAAAGUGGAUCUGCAAAUGCCCCUUGGGGCGCAAUAACACCGUCAGAAGCCAGGAACAGAACUGUGGCUUUAGCCAAGCAUCUCCACUGUCCUACCAGCAAUGAGACAGAGCUAAUCCUCUGCCUCCAAGACAAGGACCCUCAGGAUAUAUUGGACAGUGAGAUUUUUGCUGUAACACAUGAUUCUCUUCUUAAAAUAUAUUUUUGUCCAACUGUGGAUGGUGAUUUUCUUUUGGACAUGCCAAAAACAUUGGUUGAAAAUGGCCUUUUUAAACAAACACAGAUCUUAAUUGGCGUUAACAAAGAUGAAGGAUCAAGUUUUCUAGUGUAUGGAGUACCUGGCUUCAGCAAAGAUAAUGAUAGCCUGAUCAAUAAAACAGAAUUUCAAACGGCUUUAACAUAUGCCUUCCCAGAAGCAAGCCAGCUUGCAGUGGAAUCGAUCAUAUUUCAGUACACAGACUGGGAAAAUGAGCAGAAACCAGAACAUUACCGUGAUGCCAUGGAUGACGUAGUUGGUGAUUACAAUAUAAUAUGUCCUGCUGUGGAAUUCGCAAAAAAAUUUGCACAGCUCGGACACAACGCGUUCUUCUACUUCUUCGAACAUCGAUCCUCGAAGCUCCCUUGGCCAGAGUGGAUGGGAGUGAUGCACGGUUAUGAGAUUGAGUUUGUGUUUGGAUUACCCUUAGAAAGAAGAGCUAAUUACACCAAGGCUGAAGAAAUCUUAAGUAGGUCCAUGUUGCGAUACUGGGCAAGUUUUGCAAAAACAGGAACGCCAAACGCGACUCUGGUUAACGGAACGAGAUGGCCCGUCUUCACGAGUACCAAACAAAAAUACUUAACUUUAAGUACUGAAGCUUCAGAGAUACGUACAAAGUUGCGUGCUCAGCAGUGUCGAUUCUGGAAUACAUUUUUUCCCAAAGUCCUGGAAAUGACAGGAAGUGUUGAUGAAGCAGAACAAGAGUGGAAAGCUGGAUUCCAUCGCUGGAACAAUUACAUGUCGGACUGGAAAAAUCAAUUUAAUGAUUACACUAACAAGAAGGAGAGAUGUGCAGGUCUCUAAUUAAUAUGUUUACCCUUUCCAGUAUGUCUGUAUUACUGUUGAUCAAGGCAAAUAUACAGGUAUUUCUAACAAAUCUAGCAUAAAAUAUUACGCAGAUUUUUUUAAAAAAAUGGGUAUAAUAUUAAUUCCCCAGAUCUUUCAUUUAUGUUUUAUCUCGUAUCUCAAUAAACAACAAGGCAUCCAAACCCUUUGAAGCUUCAGUAUGCUAAAUAGGACUGUAGAUAUUAAAGUCUGAACAUUAAUGAUGUACACAUUAUUACAAACAGUAGCUGCUUAAAGUCACACUUCAAAGAAGCAAUGUAAUCUGUUAUAGAAAAAUGGAUUUUUUUAAAUAGAAAUAGCAGUAUUUUAGACUAUUGUCAUGCAAAACAAUUAGUUUUGAUCUUUGACUGUGAUGCUACAACACUUAAACCUUGCUUCAGACAUAAUUUAAUUGACAUAAACAUAAAGAGAUAACAACUUUGCUGGACACACCAAAUGAUAUUUGCUUGUCAGACCAAAAAGUUUUAAGGAAGUCAUUAAAGCCUCAAGUAUUGCUUCUUUACGGCCAAAUCUGUAGGACAGCCAGAGAGGGGAGUAUUCAAACCAUCUAUUAAAGGCCUAAAAUCCUCUGCUGCCUGUGCUAGUACAAUCAUGAAGCGAGCUAGAGUAGCUGUGAAGCCUCUGCUUCUGCUAUCCCCGUUUUGCAAAGAGUGAGGCCCGAGGGAGUCGCAGAGCAACGAACCCACGGGCUGCACAAGCCCCUGCUAUGCAGCUAAACUCGAUUGCUCUGAUUUUUGUGCACCGAGUUGCCUCCCAGGUGAGCGGCAGCAUUGCAGGCUGAAGGAUGCGCCGCUAUACCGCAACGCGCCGAUCCGCGUGGUUCGGCAGAAGCGGGUCCCCAAAGCCCUGCUCACCCAGACAGGCCAGGGACCUCUCUCCAGGGUGCUCGUGCUUUUCGGCGAAAGCGCCGAAGGGCAUCGCGCACGGGGAAGCGGCCGGAGAGCAGGCUCUUUCAGCCGGCCACACGCACGAGCAGCCCCAUCCAGAAGCAGGGAAGCAGGAGGAAUGGUUGAAGUUGUAUGCCUCAAUAAUACUUUACCGAGCUUCCUUUCAGUAGCCCAUCCAGGAAGAAUAAACGUCAAAAAUUUGAUAAACAUAAGGAGGACGCAAGAGGAACAACCCACCUCAUAAAUAAAUUAUUCUGAAGCUUUUUGUAAAAGUAAUAGCCUUUCACUGUAUCCAUUUCCUGUUGUAGCGAUCAGAAGCUUUUGUAAAACUCCUUGUUGAAUUUGGCAUACUGACAAGAUCUAGACAACAGAGUGGUCUCUUUUUGGUGGCCAAUCUGACCACAUAGGAUCCCUACACAAAAAGGAGUCACCACUUAUUUUUCAGAAAGGACAAACUCUAAUUUGUGAUAGCUUUUCAUCCUUUCAGUCGCUUUUAAGAGAAUGCAAUUAUUUCUUGAAUAAAUUAGGGAGGAACAAAAAAAAAAAAAAAAAAAAAACAACAAAACAAAACAAAAUCAACAAAAAAAAAACUAUCACAAUCAGACUUCCACAAUCAAAAAAUCAAAAACCGGGUCAUUUUUAGACAAGCAGGUUAUAACUAAGAAAGUGUCUAGAGGUUAAGAAGCCCGUCUUCACACAGCACUUCAUGUUUAUAUCAUGAAUAGCGAUCUCAUUACAUACAUGGCACAGUUGCGAUAUUAAAAACAGCAUGGAGCGCUGUGUCAGUCUGCAACACACUGGAUAUUAACCACGUGUUUCCUCAUACCGACGCUGAAGAGGUGCCAGAAGAGCACUCUGCUCAUCUCCAGCUGGGCCUGCCCACGGCCCCAGGUACCCCAGACGUUCCAGGUACCAACCUGCCAUGGUGAACCUCCACGGAGCGAUACCAUCUCCAGCACACUUGCACACAGUACUUGUUGUUUUUGAUAUCCUCUCUUCAGCUGUAUUUCACUAGUUAUCUGUCUAAUCAGUCCAAUCAAUUAAAAAAAUCUGAGCUAAUUAAAAUGUACAAAUAACCUUCGGAAAGGGUGGUUGUAAAGCAGUUUAUAAAAUAUUUUGUUGGUUAGGUGUCUUUGUACGUGCUGUUAGCUAGGUUGGAUAAGGUCUAUUUGAAGAAUAAUAAAUAAUCUUUUGAGCAUA